UUCAUCCUUCGGAGCUUAUCGGGACACCCCUCCCCCAUAGAGUCUUAUCGUGUGGUGGCUGCAGCGAUGAGUUUGACUGUAGAGGACCUUUGCGCUUCGCUAUCGUCUAGUCAUGUCGGCCAGGAAGCGAUCGACCUUGCUGCUCUACAGGUUCAACUUUCGCAAACAUUGUUUUGCGAGCCGCUCGCUUCCACUCCCUCAGCACGACCCAACGAUUAUGCGCAACCCUGCAACACUCCAACUGGACGGACACCUUCCAGCAGCUUCAGUUGGAGUCCUAUGAUGGACUUGUCGCAGCAGCCUAACGCUCACUCGAAGAAAGACACUCUGAUGUCUGACGAGAUGGAUGAGGACGAGCGUAUGGUCGAAGAUAUCCUUAUUCCCCACCACUCUGCGGCUGCGACACCACAAUCACUCAACCAAACGAGCGUCCCAUUAGACCUGUCAAUGUCCUCCUCAUCAUUCACCUCUACCGAUCCCUUCUACAUCGCUGAGCUCCAGGCUGCUGCCAUGCCCCACCAUUCUGUGUUUGCCCAAGCUGCGUUCCCAACAACACAGUCCCCAUUCUUUGCCCAACGACUUGCUCAUGCCCAACCUCCUCUCUCCAUGGACCCGCAGUCGAUAUUGGUGGGCAAUACCUCUCGAUAG